GCGACAAGCGAGGAGCUCAAGACCAAGCUGCAGUCCUCGGAGGAGGCUUUGCAGGACGCCAGGGCGAAGGCAUUGCAGCAUGCCCUUGCAGAAGAGCAGGUGCAGGUGAAGUACAGCGAGACGGUUGCGGAAGCGCAGGUAGCAGCGCAGGCCUUGCAGGCCGCGAACGAGGCAUUGCAGUCCCAGGUGAAAGAGCUUCAGACGCAGGUGGAAGCAAAGCAGCAAAAGCUCACGGCCGUAUCGCAAACCUUCGAGGUUGAGGCUGCCGAUGCUGCCGCACAGCUCGUCGCUGCCCAAAAGAAGGUCGAGAACCAUGAGAGUGAGCUCCGGGAAUCUAUGCUCGCAGCGCAGAAACUGCAUGCGACAAAUGAUGAGCUCGCGAAGAAGCUGCAGUCCUCGGAGGAGGCUUUGCAGGACGUGGAGGCACAGAAGCAAGCAGCCGCUGCAGAGCUAGAGGACGGAGAGCGCAGCAUACGAGAUCUCAUGGAAGCCAAAAUACUCGCCUUUGGAUUUCAGCUCAAUGUGCAGACCUGCGCCGCGGCCGUUGCACAUGCCGAAGCGGACAAGCAAGAAUUGCAGGCCAAGUUUGCUGAGCUUCGUGGUCAGCUUUUUGCUGCUGUGCAGGCGCAGGAGGCAAGCAAAGAGUUGAUUGAAGCUCUUCGUGGAGAAGUUGCUUCCGCAAGUACACUUCCAGAGGUCGAGAAGCUUCAGGAGAGUUUAUGUUCUACCCAGUCGGAACUUGCAGAUGCAGUGACUGCGAAGGAACGCCUGCAGGCAGACGUCGACAGACUUAAGUUCGCCGAGAUAAAUGCUAACAUGACCAAAAGCGCCAAGGACCGAGCCGAAGCACAGGUGAAGGAGCUAAAGCUUGACUUGGAGCAUUGGCGUCAAAAGGCACUUAGCUUCCAGAGAGACGAGGACAGAGCAAAACGGCAAAGCCAGGACAUCUCUAGCUUGGAAGUGGAAGUCAAGGAUUUGCACCAGCAGAAUGCACAGCUCUUGCUCACGUUCCAGCAGUUCAAGACAGAGCUGGAGACGGCACUGGCCGAGAACCAUGGCUUGCAGGAGACGAUCGACAUGUACGAGAUGAACCUUCAGCGCGCUACAGACCAGAAAGCUGAGCUCAUGGGGCACAGUUGGUCUUCCGUGCAAUUCGGACCCAAGGAUGAGCAAGGGUUCUGCGAUGCCAAGCUGACACUGGUAGUUCGAGCCGGACAGCCGCACAAUUGCAUUGAGGAGAUAAACUCCGACGUGGUCGUGGUCAGCAUCGGCGAGCCGAACAAACGGGGGCGAGGGAACCGAGAACUCAGCGGCUUUCUUCGAACACUACUUGGCCUUGCAGAAGAUCAGGUGAGGCUGGAGGACAAUGUCAGUAGUAAGAGCAAAACGCUGCUCUUGAAGCGGUUGACCUGCGACAAACGUAGCCUCAUUUGGCAGCUUCAAGCCAAGGUAGGAGACAAGCAGCCUCCACGUUUUGCGACCGAAGAAGCAAACGCAGCGUUGCGGUUGGCAGACCCAGCUGCAAAGCGCUUGAAGGACGAAACCGGCGAAUAUCGCCGACUGCAGGAGGAGGCUCGUGCUGAAGCAUUGUCGGCUUUAGUCGCUGCCCCUUCGCCGUACUCUGAUAAGGUUUCGUCUUCCGAACGUCCAACCCUGCCGCAAGUACUCCGGGUACGCAGGCCAGGCAGCCGCCUGGAAGACGGAGAUCAAGCGCAGACGGUGCACAUGCGGAAGUGGGACCUGGAACCCGAUGUUCGCCUGGUCCCGAAGAACGUGGCCUUCAAGGCCUAUCUCAAUAUGCAUCUGACGAGAGCUCUGAGGGCACUGAAGCUGCAAAACUGGCAAACAUACAUCUACAGCAGCUACUUCGUGGCCUGCUUGUUGUCUUGGGGCUUCUGGCAGAAGAUCCGACACAUGGUAAAUUUGAAGGAGGAGAACAAAGAGUUACGCGAGCAGCUCAAGAAGGCGAAGCAACGUAUCACCCAGCUGGGAGUGUCACGCAAAGGAGAGGGUCUGCUUGAAGCCCUGGCCUCCUUCUCGCAUUCGCACAGCGUAGGUGAUCAGCUAUCUGUUUCAGCCAGCCCCUGGGGACCUGAGACGCCCAAUGCAAGAGGUUCAGAAACGCGAACACCCAAGCGCCCGGGGACGCCAAGUCGAAAGCCGGCAUGCCAACCGGGUUCUGCUCGCGGGGCUCGGUCAAAUCCUCACGAGGAGGAGUACCAAGCCCGCAUGGUGGAAGAAGAGAGAAGGCGGCAGAUGCAGGAGCGCACGGUGGAGCGCAUGCAAACAGACUUCCAGCACUUCAUUGCGUUGAUCGAGAGAGCUGUGCUGUCGGAAGAUCGUGUUGAAGAUGCACCGAAUCCCGCCGCUUUGUUGGAGCGCCUCCGGGCUGUUGCCAGCGAGCGCCUGGAGAUCAAUCGGCCCUCUCGUCCUGACGGCGGCGAGCCUCUGGAGCUUGACAUGGCAUCUGAGUGUGACGUGGGGCUGCAGGUCGGAGAGUGCGGGGACAUGGCGUGA